CUUAGCACACGAUACAACAGCUCUCCGCAACCACCAAAUUCCAAGUAAACUAGCCGGCAUUGUUUGUGCGCGUUUUUUUUUGCAGAAAACCACAAAAAAACACAUAAAAACAUGAAAUUAGUAAGAUUCCUUAUGAAGCUAAGUCACGAGACCGUGACCAUCGAACUGAAGAACGGCACCCAGAUCCACGGCACCAUCACCGGCGUGGAUGUGGCCAUGAACACUCACCUGAAGAGCGUUCGGAUGACGAUCAAGAACCGGGAUCCCGUCCACCUGGAGACGCUGAGCAUUCGCGGCAACAACAUCAGAUACUUCAUACUGCCGGACAGCCUGCCGCUGGAGACGCUCCUCAUCGACGACACCCCGAAGUCGAAGACAAAAAAGAAGGACAGCGGCCGCGUGGGAAAUCGCGGCAGGGGCAGAGGCGCCCGCGGACGCGGUGGUCCACGGGGUCGCGGAAGGGGCCGAGCUUCAGGCCGACGUUAAUCUUUGUAACAGCUACAUCUAAUAAACAAUUUUCGAUAAAUGUAGAAUAUAAAUAUUCUUUGGAUAAA